AUGCGAGCAGGGUCACGAAUAGUAGACACCGGGUAGUCUGUCAAAUGAAACCCCCUCGGUAUGGAGCUUCAUGUCUCAGUUGUUGAGUAGUUUUUCACACUAGGCCAUCUGUUAUCAUUAAAAACGAAGCCCGACGGGCUAAAAUACCAGCGGACAUGUCGUACUGCAGAGAAGAAGGUAAGGAUCGUAUCAUCUUCGUGACCAAAGAAGACCAUGAGGCUCCCAGCAACGCUGAGCUGAUCGAUGAUGACCCCAACGAUCCCUAUGAGGAUCAGGGCCUGAUCCUGCCUAACGGAGACAUCAACUGGAACUGCCCUUGUCUGGGUGGGAUGGCCAGCGGACCCUGUGGUUCACAGUUCAAGGAGGCCUUUUCGUGCUUCCACUACAGCAAGGAAGAGAUAAAGGGCUCUGAGUGCAUCGACCAUUUCCGCAGCAUGCAAGAGUGCAUGCAGAAGUACCCCGACCUCUAUCCUCAGGAGGAAGACAAAGAAAGCUCCUCCCAAACCGAGUCCAACCCUGUUUCAGAUGCCACUGACAACACUGCCUUAUUGUCUGAAAAUGACUCGACUCCAACCAUGUCAGGGGUCGCGUCUGACAACAUGUCGCCUACAGGCAACCAGACUGUCAGCUCGUCGUAAGUGACUCUCCAAGAGCAGCUCUGAGCGGCUAUUUAUGAGUCAGAAGAAGAGGACCGGCAAAGCAACGUCAUUUGUACAAACGCAUAGGCUGCUUUGUUUUCUGGGAAAUCGGUAAUGAUCUAAUACUAUGAUUACUGAGAGUUAACCAUGUUUUUUGCUGCAGGGACUUAAUUUAUAUACAAAAAACAGAAGAGCUCUUUUUAACGUUUGAGCGUUGUCCUCUUCAUGUCAGCUGGUUAGGUGUCCUGUUAAAAAUGAUUCAAACUGACUCAAAGUUAAACUGUAAUUGCUAAAGCCAGUGGUAUACGUAAUAUUUGUAUAUUUUAACUUUAAGAAGAGGCAGUUUUGAGUCUUUUUAACCUUUUUUUUUAGCACUUGAGAGACCAAAGCUUGUGGCAAGAAGAACCGGGCUGCCACUUGUGUUUUGACGUAACGUUUCCUGUGCUCGCUGUCUUAUAAAAACUUCAGGAUCUCCUAUUGCUGUUCAAACGAUAGUAGGUACUGGUCUACUAUGGCCUUUCACAUUUACAUGUGACUGAAUAAAUGUUUUUGUUGUCAGAAGUCGUCAACUGGAAGUUGAAGUCACAACUUUAAGUCUGCUGGUGUUUGUCACU